GCGAAACGGAAAAGAUUCGUUCGAACGAUCUGGACCCGUUCCGUUGUACCCUGCUCAUCGUCGCGUUCUCUAUAUAAAGGCUGCAGCGAAGGGGAACAUAGCAGCGUUGCACUGUCGCCAUUGAACCCUAAUUCGGAGACCCGACAGCGCCGCAGCGGAGGGGUUUCGUCCAGAUUGCUUAUUUUUGCAGGUUUUGUAGUUGUGAUUACAUAAUACCAUUAGUCCAAACUAUUGUGAGAAGAUAAUUAACUUCAUUUUGAUCAUUGGGUAUCGCUUCUACCGCAAGUCACAAGAUAUUGCUGCUCAUUUUCUUGUGUAUGCGUUGCUGCAUCAUCUUCAAUGAAUUGCCUAUGGUUGAUGUCAAAUUAUGUCUUGUCUGAUGGAAAACAUAGUCGGAACCAGCCUAGUCUGUGUACCGACAAUGUCCUGUAACAUCACGUACAAUGGAUCGCCUAUGGUUGAUGUCAAAUUAUGUCUGUCUGAUGGAAAACAUAGUCGGAACCAGCCUAGUCUGUGUACCGACAAUAUCCUGUAACAUCACCUACAAUGGAUCGCCUAUGGUUGAUGUCAAAUUAUGGUUGGGUGAUGGAAAACAUAGUUGGAACAAGCAUAGCUUGUCUGCCAACAAUGUACUGUAACCUACACUGGGGACUUGCAAGGGAAAUAAGGCACAGCAGAGUGGAAUCUGGGGAGUUAUCCUUGAUGAUUUAGUUAUGUCACAUCCUAAAAAGAAAAAGAGGGAGUGACAGAGCAAGAGAAGUAUAUAACCUCCAAGUUGUGACCUUUUUUGUUACUUGGAGAGGGUGAGACCACUUUGCUUUGCAAAUGUUGAGACUGAGGAGUGGCCUCGUCUGAGUGCCUCUCUUCCACCCAUGUUGGAUCAUGCAUGAGCAGGUUGUUGGAACAAGGUCGUGGUACGGUUAAUCAGCAUGCCUUAAUCUGACUGGACACUAGGUUUGAGUGGAAGAAGCCAAUGCAUUGUUGCUACAGUUGGUGGUACGGCUUUGAUUUGUUUUGCUUGGUGAUCUUGGAUGUUUAAUUGGAUGUAGGCAGAGAUUGAUCGACAAGGAUGUGGCCUACACUUGAAAGUACAAAACCCCCCUCAUCACCUUCUAUUACAACUCCUUUUAGGGAAGAUCUUGCUUGUUUAAACACUAAUCGGCAAUUUUAUGUAGAGUGGAGCAUCCUUCAAUAUGCUAAGAUCAUUUUGGCUUAAAUCACGUAGCAUCUGCCGGCACAGUCUCUUUGCAAUAGAUUCUAGAUACCUGAAAUGGAGCAUAAUGAAGUCUGGAAUCAUCCACAAAAUCAUCCUCGCUUAGCCUCAGUCAUAGUCAACGCAGCUGCUUCUUCAACUACUUCAGACAUUGCAGCUAGAGUUAAUCGUCAUUCUUCAUUUAGUUUAACGGCAGAAGUUCCAACCUGUUUUGUAUCUAAUCCCAGAGCAUCAGAUAGUUCAUAUGUGAACAUGUCGAAUGGGGGUUCUACAAGCUUUCCUCCAACUCAAGUUCCACAUUGGCACCCUCCUUAUGUUCAACCUAUCACGGGCAAUCGAUGCAGCAGUCAUCAUCCUGCGCACUUGGACUACAGAAUGGUUGCACAGAAACGAAAAAGAGAAACUAUUCCUCGGGCAGCUGGAGCUAAUGUUGUUGGGUAUCCCCAAGUUGGAACUUCUACCAUCCAACCCUCUUACCUUGUCGGUAUAGAGACAUAUCUUCCUCCACGUUCUGAAAGCUGGCCUUUGAACACCAUUCUUCCUGGGGAAGGAUCACAAAGGAAUGUGAGAAGCCGGCACAGUGGAGAAUUUCACCUGCAGUCCAACCCAACUUGGUUCUCAAGAGAUGGGCUUUAUACUACUUAUACCCCUCGUAACACUUCAAGCGUUAGAAUGAUACAACAAUGGAGCCAUUUUUCUUCACCCAUUAUUUCUCAAGGACACCUUACUACUGCAGAUGCUAGCUUUAUUAAUCCCAGGUUGAACCUGAACCAACUCACUGCUAGUGGCAAUGUUGAAAAUAUGAGAACUGCAACUAACAGUGCUUAUCAUCCCCUUCUCAAUCAAAAUAGAAAUCAAAGGCCUCCUCAAUUCCCUUGCAUUCCAAGAGUGGUGUCAGCCCACAGUGCCAGUGGCUACAAUCCUACUUAUAUCCCUUCUAGCAGCAGAGCUGUUAGAGUGCCAGCAGGAGUAGAAGCAGCUGCAUCUUCCAGGUAUUCAAGGCCAUCGCCUAACUUAGGGUGGGCACGCCCUGGUGGAAAUCAGAGUGCAGGUCUUGGUGGUAGAUCCCAUUCGAUAAUCCUCGGACAUAAUGCUUCCAAUAGAUGGGCCUCUGAGAGUGAUGAUUUAAUGUUUGGACGGAUGACAUUCUCUAGCUCCACAGACUUGCAUGAUGAGCACAGAGACUUGAGAAUGGAUAUUGAGGACAUGAGUUAUGAGGAACUACUUGCCUUGGCAGAAAGGAUAGGAAAUGUCAGUACAGGCUUGUCGAAGGAGGCCGUUAAGAGCUGCAUUGCGACUAGAGUUUAUCAUUCUUCUCAACAAAUGGAAGAUGAUGAAGAAAAAAAGUGUGCCAUAUGCCUGGAGGAAUACAAGGGUAAAGAUAACCUGGGAAGGCUGGAGUGUGGGCAUGACUUCCAUGUUGGCUGCAUCUCUGAGUGGUUGAGAAUGAAGAACGCUUGCCCAAUCUGCAGGGAGCCUGCUUCUAGUAAUACUUAAGUAGCUGUCUUUUUCUUUCCUUUUUUUCGCCCGACAUUUUAUUGAAUGGGUUCAUCUCCAGCUCAUUGCUGGUUUCAUAGUGAACAAACAGCAUCCAAACCAUGUCCAGUUCGUGGAGUCAAGCAACAGCAAAAAGUAACUUUUUUUUGUAAAUUUUUGUGUUCAAAGUCCAUCUUCAUUGAAUUUGCUUCUAUGCAAUGCAAGAUCCCCGGAAAGAAUAGGAUCAUAUUGAAUCUAUUCUAUGUAAUGUUAUCUUGCUUUUUUGUAAUAGAUUAUUUUCGCGAUU